AGAUACAUACGUAUUGUUUCUGUCUUAGACCAAGGAAUAAUUUGGUAUAUGUGGCUAUAUUUCUCAACUACUCUCGAGCGGGAUUACAAAUGGCCGUAUACUAUAUACAGUUUUCUCUUCUUAACAGUGUGUGACACAGGAGUCGUGGUUUCCUGAUCAAUGAGAAAAAAUAUCAAGGGAACUGCAACAGGACACAUACGUUAAAUCAAAACGAGUAAAUGAUGGGUAACCUGAAGUGGCUGUGCUUGAUCAUUUUUCAUUCAGUAGCAGGAACGCCACCACAAGAAUGUUCGUGCAAACUUCACGAUAAGGAACUUACGGCCGAUUGUUCGGCAUUGGGGCUCACAAGCAUUUCAGAAAUUUUCAACUGUGUACCGAAUACUGUUAGAAAACUUAUCUUGAGUUAUAACAAAAUAAAUUCUAUUCCUCCGGAAAUGCUCACACUUUUGGAAGAUCUACGGGAGUUAAAUUUGGAACAUAACAUUAUUGAGCAUUUACAAAAUGAUUCCUUCAGUGGUUUGUCAAAGCUGGAAUAUUUGUCGUUAAGUUAUAACUUACUCAGACACAACGAUUCUUACGCAGACGAUGUGUUUAAACCGCUUCGUAAUCUCCGGCGUCUGUAUUUGCAAGGCAACUGUAAUGUCCAUACGUCUGUCUGUCUGUACCCAGACAAAGCUCUAUCAGCUGCUACUACUCUGGAAUACCUUAGCAUAGAUGGUAUACCAAAUCAUGAGUUUGGUAAAGGGUUUUCAAAGCUAAAAAAUCUUAAUUCAUUAUAUUUAAGUGACGAUAAUGGUUACUGUCAUAUACCAGUUCUCACAGAAAAUACAUUUGAUGUAUUCAAACACACGCCUAUUUCAAAUUUACAACUUGAGUCAUGUGAAAUAACAAAGCUAGCGCCCAACGUCUUUCGUUCUUUGCACAACCUAACGUACUUGAUCAUUACGAGAAACAGGAAGCUCUGCGCUGACAGUAUUGAAAAUGCAACUGUUGGAUUAAAUGAAACAAAUAUUCAAACUAUGAGAUUCAAUUAUUGGUGUAGGCACCCUCCGUUCUAUCCAAUACUUGCAGAAAACAAUUUCAGAGGUCUUACAAACACCUCACUCAGAGUUCUGGAUUUAGGAUGGAAUUAUAUCAUUCACGUCGAUCCUAGCGUUAUUGAAAACCUUCCUACGUCACUAGAAUAUUUCUCAUUGAAACAAAAUAGUAUCGGGAACGCUCAGUUUCUCCUUAAAUUAUCAAGACUUUAUAACUUGAACACACUUGACGGAAGCUUUCAGAAUUAUUUUCAAGCGGAAAUAAAAACAUUAGAAAGGGCUAGAGGAGAAACAGCUGUCGGUGGAUUGUACCGAAAAAUCAUAAAAUUACAGUCGGCAAUAAAAUCACCGCACAAAACCUACACAGACAACCGCCUGCAGUUACCAAGAAAUCUUCAAACGUUAUACAUGAAUAAUAUACAUCUGGAAUAUCCUGUCCCUUCAGUGACAUUUGCACCGAAUAAAUUAAGGUAUCUCAAUGCCUCUAGUUGUAUGUUAUUGGCAUUUUUCGGGCCUUGGUAUGGCCUAAAAGAUCUUCAAAUUUUGGACAUCUCAAACAAUAAAUUUAGUUUUUUCCAUCAAAAGUCUCUAAUUGACAUGGGGAAUCUUACAUCCCUAUUUCUUCAACAUACUGAGAUUGGUAAAUCCCUUUACCGAGAUGUCAAUGGUGUUACAUUUUCGAGCUUGAGAAAACUAAGAGUGUUAGAUCUCAGAAGUAGCAUCAUUAAAGAUUUACCAUACAGUAUAUUUAAAAAUCAGAUUGACUUAAGAUAUCUUUCGUUAGGGGAUAAUUCAGUUAAGAAUGUUAGCUUCUUGUUAAAGUCGAUGACUAAACUACGCCACCUGGAUUUAUCUGAUAACGAAAUAGGGUUCAUUUCUGAACAGAACAUGGCUUUCCUAGACCAGAUCGCAACUAAUCGGAAGAUAGACCUCGAUUUAUCUGGGAACAAUCUUAAUUGUAUGUGCAACAAUCAAGUCUUUGUCAACUGGUUGGCGACCACUAGGGUAAACAUUAUUCAAAAAGAUAACCUUUCUUGCUUAUACAUAAACGAGACUUUAGUUAGUUUAUCGAGACUUGAAUUUAUACGAGAGCAACUAAAAUAUGAAUGUACGUCAUGGAUUGUGAUGACGUCAUGUGUGAUAGGAUUUAUAGGCUUGUUGCUAGUACUAUCUCUCGUGGCAUUGCUUUACUAUAAACGGUGGCAACUGCGUUACCUUUGGUACAUAGGCAGGGUAAAAAUCGACCCCUACCAUCAUCCUCACGAUCAAGAACAUAUAAUUCUAAAAAUAGACGCUUACAUUUCUUAUGAGCAGCACUACGACUUCACAGAUGACGUCUCUCUGCAUCAAGUGAUAACUGAUAAAUUGUACCCAUUUUUUGAAGAAAGGGGAUAUACUUUAAAUAUACGCGAGGAGUUUGACGGUAAUGAGAAGUUAUAUCAUGUCAUCCCACAAGCUGUAAGAAAGAGCCGCAAAGUUGUUGUAUUUCUAACACCCUCGUAUUGCGAAGAUUACUGGAAUACAUUUGAAUUUAAUAUAGCUGCAUAUGAGGGUAUUUACACGAAGCGAAAUAUUAUAAUACCAGUUUUGCUUGGUGACGUAUCUGAGAAACAUUUGAUGCCAGAGAUACGUUCUUUCAUACGCUCAAAAAUAAAAUCAAACGAGGUGCUUCGCUUUCCUUCGUCUGAAAAUGAUAUCGCUGCGUUUAAUGAACAGCUAGAAAAUAUGAUAAGAAAUAGAUUAUAAGUGUAAAUAAAACGAAUGAUAGACUAAAGUUCCGACUAAUGACGGCGCCGACUAAUCAUGAUGUUCAUGAUGUUUUUGCCGACAAAAAUGUCAUGGAAGAACUCUCUGACUUAGAAGGGAUAUAUCAAGAAAAAUAAAUCUGGCGCUAAAUAUCUAUUCCAUUAACAAAAUUUGCAUUCUUAUCACACCUCUGCGCGUAAAAAAGUUUUUCAAUCAAAAUGAAUUAAUAAACCUUGACUUGUCGUCAGCUUUAACAUAAAAAGCAGCGUGCUCAGAGAGUUAUCUUAUUAGGAAAAAUACAGAAAAUUAGCUGUUUAGAACACUUUUUGAUGAGACUUUUUCUGUUCAGACUUAUCGAUUUAACAUUGUGACUGAUUCUGUAAACGAACGAGUCUUGUCACCUUAUAGUUUUUCGACAAAAUUUUUCUAUGCAGUGUAUAACCGAUUUGGAGUGUUUAUAUAUUUCAACAUGGUUCUGACAAUUAUUAUUUCGAUUUUAAUAUGUCUAUUAAACAAAACGUUGGAUUAAAUAGGGAUACUAAGGAAGCACAGGAAGACUUCAAGAAUGCAAGAAUGUGGCGAAGAGGUUACACGCCUCGCAGAGUAAAGUAGCAGUGUGUAGACGUCUGGUCUAAAUGAUACAUACAUGUAUAAGCAAAAUGUAAUGAAGAUUUUAGAAACCAAAGUUAUUUAUUAUAUAUUCAUGAAACUUCCCUGUAAAGAAAAAAAAAUACUUUACAGAAUAACAGUCAAGGUUUUACCACUAGCGUGGUUUACGUCAUGUACCGAAAGAAUGUGUGACAUAUGACUUUUAAAACGUUGUUCCCGAGAAAUUGGUGGGUACAUUAUGUUAUGUACAUUUUUCAGUACUGAUGAUUCAUUGCUUACUGUAAAGCCUCUCUUAGUUUUGAGACAUCAUGUAUUUACAUUCUAUGGUUUUCCGGAAGGUUCCAUCACAAAUACUGAUAAACAGAGUGUUAACAUUGUUUCAACGUCUGUGAUAUUCUGGAUUUUUCCAGAAUCUUCUUUUAUUCUUAGUGAUGAUAGUGCUGGCACCUUUCGUGAUGCUUUGAAUCCCAAAACCUAAGUAAGAUGAAAAACGUUCAUAUAUUUCAUUGUAACAAAAUACUAACAGUUUGGACAUUUAACAUUUGAUGGUGUGGAUGUUACAGCUAGUUAACAUUUUCAAGGUAUCUUAGGCCAUACCAAAUUGAUUAAUAGUUCUUCGGAAAAAUUUUCAAAACAAAAUGGGUGCAAGCGAGCGAAUUUUUUUUUUCUUCUCAAUUUUGAUCUUUUCAAAGGCGAGUAGAUUUUACAUGGAGCGAGCGAGUUUUUUUUUCAGCUUGGACCCUAAAAGGAGGCAUAACCAGUUAUGUUUAUACAUGAAGUAAACAUUUCUUUAAGAAUAACACAGAAAUCAAACAUUUACAGUGUGACUUACACUGUAUAUAGCUUUUCUAUAUGUUUUAAAGACUACAUGAAUGGUUUUGCAAAUAAAUUCAUGCCAAAACUCA